UUGCCAUCGCCAUUACCCUCCUCCCCCACCACCACGACUUGCCACCAGAAGGGCAGAGAGAAAGAGAGAGAGAGAGAGAGAGAGUGAAGGAAUAGAGUAUGAGAUGGUGGGACUGAGUGUAGUACUUGAAGAACAAAAGUUUAUAUACAAUGAAACUCCACAAGUUAUCAACAAAGUCAGUAUGAUCAAACCAUCUUCUCCUACUACUCCUCGCUCCCCUUCUACGUUUUCCCGGAGGAACUUUCCGUCAACUCUUCAGGCAACUAGUUUCCUUGACCAUUGUUCUCUCUGCAAGCACAAACUCUUGCCUGGCAAAGACAUCUACAUGUACAAAGGGGACAGAGCUUUUUGUAGCGUGGAGUGCAGGUGCAGGCAAAUAUUCAUGGACGAAGAAGAGAGUGUUAAGACUAAGAGAGACAACUGCUCAUUGGCUGCCAUGAAACCUCAAGGCACGUCAUCAUCUUCAUCUCCUCCUCCUCCGUCUCCUCGUAGUCGCAAAGGGGCUAGGAAUCGGGGCAAUGGGUUUGCUUACUGAGUUCAGUCAGAGGCUUUUCCGGGCUUACCCUUUGCACAUUUUGUAAUGACUUUGACAUCCUUCUCCCUCUGUACCUAGCCAAGUUUACGUGCAGAUGUGGAUUGGUUUUGUUUCAUGGAUGUGGCACAAUCAGAGAGUCGUGGGAUAUUUAAUAAACUCUUUGGGAUAUUUAAAAAAUUCUGCGAGACCUACUAAUUUAAUGAUCGAUGUUGAGAUGGUGCACAAAAAUAGUACUUAAAUGUGAUAGGUGUCGCAUUAUAAAAAGGUGGUGUUAUAAGAACUCAAUUACAUACAAUUUUGAAUAGUUAGAUACAAAUUAAAUAGAUUUUGAUUAGAUC